AUGAAGCGUCAACCAUCUCGUGCUCCAUCGCCAACACCAACAGCUUUCUCAGGCAUAUCCAAUUAUCGCAAUGAUUCCUAUCGCUCAGUCAGAGACAAGUCUGCCGUUCCCGCAGUCCCUACAGUCGAUUAUCGUCUCGUUUCAAGGACACAUUACGAUGAAUUAGGCCGUUACUUGGCUGCGUAUCUCGCAAAGUCUCUUCCCAACUCUCGUUCAACCGCAAGACAAAAGCUUACGCGACUUACCAUUCAACAAUUUCACGAGCUUUCCACUGACGUCUAUGAUGAACUGGUUCGUAGAAACAACGAGAAAGAGGUCCCCUUCCUCCCUGUCAGAGAGGAAUUCCAUCCAAAACGAAAUCAAGCACGCCAGAAACUCGCUACCCUACCGACCUCUCGCUUUGAAGACCUUUCCAGUGAUGUUUACUUUGAGUUAUCGCGAAGAUACCCAGAAUUUAAGGAAGAGAGUGGUAGAGCCUCGGAUUCGGGGUAUGAUGACUAUCCUGCUCCCGACUUUCCGUCAAAUUCGCCGCCUUCUCCGCCACGCAACACGAACGCACGGACAUCUGGGCGGGUUUCAGCCGAUCGACCAUCGGAUAGCGGAUACGGAGGUAGCGGUCCCAGUAGAAGACCAUCCGAAGACCGACGUAGACCAAGCGAGACCGAAUUCGUUCCACCCCGACGGAGCGAGGAGUCUUUCCGGCGGCCGGAAGAAACAUUCAACGCUCCAAGAAUAGGCGAGGAGAACUUCUCAGCGAGCCUUGCUUCUCGUCGGAAGCCUUCUCAAGAUACGACGCGGAGAUCCGAGGAAAGAGAGCGAGACUUUGCGCGACGACCAAGCGGAACUGUCAGUAUCAGUGGGGCGAGUGAUAGCACGACUACGGCAAACGCCAAUGCGGCUCAAAGUACCACGGCCACGAGUGGAAUGAUUAUUCCAAAUAAGAGCACCAUCGAGGAAGAGUACAUCGAGGUCCCUUAUGGUCGCGACGGAAGGGAGAGUGGAAGCACGACAAUCGAUGAACGAGAAAGGGGCAUAGAGAUGCACCGGGAUGGUGCCAUGGGGCUCGAUGAACCCGACAGCGCCAGUGAUUAUCCCAGUGCAUUGAGCCCUAGAAGUCCUCCAGCGGGCUUAAGUGGACUCAGUGCUCGACUCAAUGACGUGGAUGACGAUGACGGCGAUCCAGCAGGUCCUGGUAACAGGAGCGGGGAUGAUUUUUAUGACAAAUAUGGCCGCUCAUCUGUUAACUCAGAUCGAUCUGUUGGAACAAACGCAUUUGCUUCACGGAUGAUGGGUGGACGGGCGAGCGUUUCUGAUGACCAGGAAAAAAUUCGCCGUGACUACGAGUUCAAGAUCGCUACGAUGCAAACGCAAAUUACCAAUUUACAACGCGAUUUGGGUGACGCUGCAGAACACGAGAGGAAGCUGAAGGACGGCGAAGCGCGAGUUAGGCAAAUGGAAGAUGAAUUGUCAACUUUCCGUCGCCGUGCUGAAGAGCAGAGUGCAGCCAUGCGUGCCCUACAAAAGGAGCUCGAUGAGUUGCGUGAUGUCCGUCAGCGGGAGAAAGAGCGGGAGUCUAGGAGAAACAAGGAAGACGAGGAAGAGUUACAAAUUCUACGCGACAGAUGUGAAAGAUUGGAAGAGGAACGGGAGAAUCGCAAAGGAGGGGCAGACAACGAGAUAGUUGAGCAACUGAGGUCCGAUAUGGAAGGCCUUCUGACGGAGCUUAAUGACCUCUCUCGACGCAAUGACGAGCUCAUGACUGCCAAAGACUCUGACCUGGUUGUGAUUCGCGACCUUGACAACCAGCUCAAGGAUUACAAACGCAAGUACGAACAAGCAAAGACAGAGCUUCGGAAUGUGAAGGUCACCUCUCAACUCUUUCUUCAAGCACCGAAGUUUGACAAGUCGGAGGAUCAACUCCCCGUCUCCCCAGACGGCGGCGUGCUUGACAUACAUAUCACCGCUUUCCUUUCCGCGAUUGACAUCCUAUUGACUGCCGGACGGUCAAAUGCUCCCACUCGAGUGCUCACGCCGAUGAAGACUGUGGUGAACGCUGUAACCAAUAUCAUAGAAGAUGUUCGAAGCUUUGAACGACGGCCGCAGCGAGAACGGUCAGACAUUGACCUUGAUGCUCUUCGGUCACUCCGUGAGCGCGCCGAUGCAACUUUGAGUAACCUCGUAACGGCCACAAAAACCCAUGCAACGAGUUCAGGGAUGUCUCCCGUCAGCUUAUUGGAUGCCGCCGCCAGUCAUGUCUCCGUUACAAUCACUGAGAUUGGCAGGACGAUAUGUAUACGAAAGGCUACCAAAGCUGAACAAGAGCAAUUUUCCUACAGCACCUUCGCGCCCCCCGCUUCCUCUGCAAACAACUUUUCGCCUUCCCUUCGAUCGGUUGACGAGACGAGAGCAUCCCAUCAACGUAAAGCAAGCCAAGCAUCAACGUCCAGUAGAGGCCGUUUCUCUGAGUCACCUGUCUCUCCUCCCAAUCGGUACAACGACACCAGGCGGCGGCCUCCAUCAGAUAAUUCAAGCUCUGAACAAACCAAUUCUCCACCACCGAUAUUUGAUCAACAACCCGGCGGAGUGGUCAGUGACGAUUCCGCGCCAGGAGAUGGAUUCGAAGAUGCUUGGGCAGAAUUGAAGCCAUACCUCGAAGCCCAGACAGAGUCCAUUGUUUACGCGAUACAAAGUGUACUUUCGGGCGUCCGUAGCCCCACGCCCUCCCCAACUCUGAACGAGAAUCUGACGCAAAUCAUAACGAUCGUGUCUAGCAUUGUUGCUGUUUGCAACGACAAUCUCCCACCAGCUUCAUCACAACAAGGAAAUGAAAUCUUACGGGAGCUAGGUGAACACGCGAAUAAGCUGAGCGAGGUGCAAGCCCUGCCCGAUGUUACAAAAGAGACACGACAAAUUAUGGCCAAGUCAAGCUUUGCCAUUGCGAACGCCAUGAAAGGGUUGAUGAAGUUGUAG